UAGCAGCAGAUAGUACGCCAGAAAACACCGUUUAUGACGACGACGACGACUUGUGUGGCCAACUGGCCAGUUUGAUAAUACCAUUUGGUGCGACCGAAUGUUCGACUAUGUAUCGUUCAACGUUACUCGUAGUUUUAGGCUUAGCGCAAAUAUGUUGGCAAAUUCGCACAGCCUCGUGUUACAAUAUCUUGGCGGUGUUUCCAGUUCGAGCGUACAGUCAUUUCGUCGUACUGAAUUCGAUCGCGAAAGAAUUAGCGAGUCACGGACACAACGUAACCGUGUACAGUAAAUACCCGGAAAAGUACAAAAGCGAUAACUACACCCAUAUCGAGCUAGUCGACUGUUUUCCGCUGAAAAACGACAAUUAUAAGUACAACAGCGUCGAAUACGUGUCCAGCUACAACAGUAAUUUGGGAUUUUUGAUUUACAUCUUGAGUUUUAUUCCGGCGUAUGAAGAAAUCAAAGAAUGCGAACCGCUAAUGGAUUUGAUCGAAACGUCCGAUCAUUCGUACGAUCUGCUGCUUUUGGAAGCGUACAACGGUAACACCGACAUCUACGCCGGAUUAUCGUAUAAAUUGAAAAUCCCCUACGUCAGCGUCGCUACCACCACCCUGUAUCCCUGGCUGUCCGAAAGGAUCGCUACUCCCGAUAAUCCCAGCUACAUUCCGGUGCCCUUUUCCGGAUUCACCUCCAAGAUGACUUUUUACGAACGAAUCGUCAACACCGUCGUGUACCUGACGUCCAAAAUUCUCUACAAUCUCAAAUCUAUCACCGAAUCGGAUGCCGUUGCUAGGCAGCUAUUCGGACAGGAUAUGCCUAAUUUGAGAAAUAUAUUGGAAAAUUGUAGUCUCACCUUUACCUACACUCAUAGCAGCAUGAAUCCUAUUCGACCUUUGGUUCCGAACGUCGUCGAAAUUGCUGGUGUCAAUAUAAAAGGAGUGAAUCCUUUACCAGAGGAUAUCGAAAAAUUCAUCAACGAAUCGGAGCACGGAGUAUUGUACUUCUCUAUGGGAUCUUUUCUGCACUCCAAAAUGUUCCCCAAGGAUAAAUUGAAUGCGCUUAUCGCUGUUUUUGCGCAAAUCCCUCAAAGAGUUAUUUGGAAAUGGGAAAGCGAUACUAUUUCUGUAAAAACUGACAAGAUUUACACCGCUUCGUGGCUUCCUCAGAAAGAUAUCCUAGCCCAUCCGAACGUGAAGCUGUUCAUGUCGCAUGGAGGAUUAUUAGGCCUCAAUGAGGCGAUUUACGCCGGCGUACCGAUUCUAGGAAUACCUAUUUUUGCUGAUCAGUUGACGAAUGUCAACCAUUUGAAAAAUCUCGGAGCUGCCGAAGUUCUCGACUACAACGAAAUCACCGAGGAAAAUGUGUUGAAAAAAAUUUAUCAAAUUCUAGACAACAUAAGCUAUGAAGAAAAUGCCAAAUUAAUCUCAACGAGGUACAAAGACAGGCCAUUAUCGCCACAGGAUACAGUCGUCUAUUGGUCCGAAUAUGUAGUAAGACACGACGGAGCACAUCAUUUGCGAACACCUGCCGCUCGCAUGCCCUGGUAUCAAUACAUAUUGUUGGAUGUGAUCGGCUUCGUUGCGAUUUUAUUCGCCAUAUUUUUCAUCACAGUUUUCUAUACGUUCAAAUUAUGGUUCUUGAUGAUUCGCAAAUUGUUUGUGAAGAAUUGGCUAAACCCAGCUGUAAAAGUUAAAGAGAACUGAAAUGAAAAUUUUAGCAACAUAUUUUCUCGACAUUUCCGUCAGGCUCGCACAGUUAGGUACCAACCACCAACCUACCUACAUGAAUGGAUGCUGUGCCUCUCUGAUGUCGAGUUUAGUCUUUUUUGUAAUGUAGCCUAAUGUAGGCUCGUACCUUUGCAUCGAUCCUUCGCCAUAGUAUAGGGAUAGGAGGUAUACCUAUUACCUACCUGUACCUAUACGUCGUUUUUACAAAAUAAUAUUGUUCUCGUUCGCAAACGCCGAACAUGCAUUUCCAGAAAAUCAAUUCCUACCGCUCAUUGUGCUUCUAACUCAAUACCACCAUCUUUCGUAAAUUUUUUGAAAACCGACUCUUUCGGCGAAUCAACAAAAAGUAAACGAAAACCAUCAACAGAAGAAAUCCAAGAAUCUUUUUUUUAAAAAAUAUGUACUGCCGAGCAUCCCGACACUUCUGCAAAAGGGCCCCACUGAUGAUUGGGAGUUGCCGAAUUGGGAUUAAUUUUCAAUUUCAAAUUGUAAGUGUAAUUACUAGUUUUACGCAUGUGAACUUUUGUAAAUUUUUCAACAAAUAAUUAUCAAUUUAUGUGUAUUUUUAAUUGAUCAAAAUUACAUGAUUAAUUUAUUAUCUGAUUUAAA